AUGGCAGCCCCUCCUCGACGUAGAAAGAUUGGUCAUAGAAGACGCAUCGAGGACGAGGAAGAUGGAGAAGGUGGUCCCGACCAGCUCGAGCUCGAUGACGACUCUCUGACCGAGGGUUCCGUCAUCAGCGAUGACCACGAUCACGGUAACGACAGCGAUACCAGCAACAUCGAUGAGGCUUCUCCUGUCACCCCCAACCCUAGGAAGUCGGCUGGGAAUGGAAGUGCGAAACCUGCUGCCCGGAAUGCCUCGACCUUGGGUCCCCAGAGGGCCGACAAGGCUGUGGCUGAUGCCGACGAGAUGCUCCAAGGUCUAUCUGUCAACGACCAUCCCGAGCCCGCCCAGCAGGGGCAGCUCGACGCCGCUACAUCCCCGCCCAAGUCGUCUGCCCCUCUCGUCGUGAGCUCACACUCGUCACGCCCAACUGAGCCCGUCAAUGAACGUCGUCGUCGGGAGCACGAGGAAUACAAACGGAGAAGGGAUGAGGACCCCGCCUUCGUUCCCAACAGAGGGGCCUUCUUCAUGCACGACCAUCGCCAUGCCGGUCCUGCUGCCAAUGGCUUCCGACCGUUCGGGAGAGGACGAGGCCGUGGCCGCGGUGGAGGCAUCGGCGGCCCUUACGCACCGAUGAAGUACGCCCAACAAGAGCUUUCUCGUCGUCACCCGGCUAACCCGAGCAGCCAACUGCACAGCCCGACCGACCCCAUAACGAGUGGCCAGUGGGCACAUGAUAUGCACGAGGCCGUCACCGAACCCCCGCCCUCGAGGCAACCCAGGCACUUGCCCGUUGAUACUGAAGGUCCUGCCAACGGUAAUGGCUUUAUCCCAACCUGCCCGUCCAAUCCCACCCCUAUCAACAGGACACUGUCAACCGAACGACACAUCGGCAAUGUACAGGUCAGAGUGUCCCUCCCCGCCGUAGGCAGAGCUCCGUCCGCCUAUGGAAUGCCCGUCAAACAGUACACCAAGCUUCCGGAUCACCGACCGCCCCUUCGUCGUGACAAGCCUGUUCGCAUCUCCUUGCCCGACAACCCGCCCAAGUACAUCUUCCCUGCCGUCGACCGCUCCUUCAUAUUCAUCCCCCGUGCGAUGCGACCCAAUCAGCAGCGGACGCGAGGCAAACCUCGUUCCGGUGGUCUCGGCUCCAUCGGUGGGUUCUCUAGACGGACCAGCGUCUUCGGCGGAAGCUUCUACGGCAGUGCCUAUUCUCCCAGCGUUGCCCUUAGUCGGCGCUCCUCACUAGCACCGGACGGACGGGAUUAUAUGUUCUCGCCCACGGGCUCCGUCAUGUCGCGAGCUCCGAUUCCUGUCGAGAACCCCCGGCCGGUCGUCCGCCUGCCGCCUGCGAACUACCCUAACCAGCCAUUCGUCGGGCAGGACGGCUACCCCAUGCACAUGCCGAUGCAGCCGAAUGAGCCGUCCAUCAACGAUUUGCCGCAGCCGCAGACGCACCCGUUGCCCCAAAAGCCUGCCUUCCAGGAGAACCGCUCGAACCAGAUACCCAUGCACCAGCCUCGUCCUCAAAAGGCCGUCUCGGUCACCAAUAUCGAAUCGCCGACCCUCAAUCAAGGUCCGCAAGCCUUCCAGCAAGCAUUCCACCAGCAGGUCCCCGUGCAGGUCUCCAAUGGCCAUCCUCAGGACGGCCACUCACGGCAGCCGUCAUACCCUACGCAGCAUUCUACUGGCACACCUUUAUCCCAAAUCCCGGAGAGAGCCAUUCAUGCUGCCCCUUUCCAGCCGAACAGCUUCCAGCAGCAGAGCUUCUACAACCAGCCCUACCCCAUGAUGCAGCAGCAGCAACAGCCGUACUAUUAUCCCGGACAGUACAGCGGCAACAACAUGCCUCCGUCAGCCACGGCUCCGUCGUUCGUUCCUUCAGGACAGCCGGGCCAGGGCCAGGGUUUCCCUCAACAAGCCCAGCCGGACCCUGCGGCUGCGCAAGCAAACGGACAGCCACCUAACGGACCCAACUUGGUAGCCCAAGAGGUCAACGGCAUGGUAUACUACUACGAUGCCAUUCAGAUGCCGCCCAUGAACGCCUACCAGGGUUACCAGGCCCCGCCUCCACAGUUUGGCUCUGGUGUCGGCAACAUGGGCGGCAUGGUGACGCCGAGCCCCGACGGGUUCUACUACCAACAACCAACCCCUGGCAUGGUGUACUACUCGCAAUAG